AUGGGACAAGGAGACAGACCUAACAGAAGAACGCCAAACUCAAAUUCCGACCAAUUUCGAACCCCCGAUAAACCUGCGCCAUCAUCAUCGUCAUCUAGAAAGUUGAAGCGAAUACCUGCGAGACUUGCUUUUUUGGUUGAUACUCCAGGAACAGCACCGGGUUCGGCGCCAUCGACGGCUUCGUCAACUACGAAAUCAUUGAGAAAAAGCUCGGCACGGAUUGAUCAAGCUCAGACAACCCUUACGCAAAUUGACUUUGUAGAAAAGUCUCAGAAUCCUAAGUCAAAUGAUGACGAUGAUGGCUUUGGCUAUAUUGAGAGUACUGGAAGGAAUGCCGCGAAGAAUGCGCAAGUGAUUGAAAUCGAGGACGAUGAGGAUGGUACCUCUGAGGACGGUCGCGACCCCGAAUACCGCUCGUUCACUACUUCGAAGUCGAAGCGUACCCCAAGUAUCAAAUCCGAGAAAGCGCCGCGACAGCCCAAGAAGCCUUCUAAUGACAAGGAUGGAAGUUCAAAAAAGGGGCGCAAGAAGAGCGGCGACAAGAACGAGAAAGACCUGCAGAAGAAGGACAACACUCUGACACAAAUGAACUAUGUGCGGCGCAUUGUGGUCGAGCCUGACGAGGAUGUGAAGAUGGAGUUCGCCUAUAUAAUUCCCCAGAAGAAGGACGCCGAACGCCAAACCGUCCAGAAGAGGGAGGCCGAUGAUGUGCGGCAAGAUCAGUCAUACAACCCCGAGCCUUUGGAUCAGCAUAAGAAGAGGAAGUUGAGUCCGUUCUCGAACUCGAAAGGGUCAGACGGAAAGAGAAACGAGGGAGGACUGAAAGCUUCACGCACCCCAGCCACUCCACGAAAAACUGCGAAAGCCGAGAUACCCUCGUCCCAGUCUCCUGAAAGCCCUGGCGUUGCAUUCAUUACUUCUUCUCAGUUCCAUCAUAAUACUCGGUCGCCCCAGAAUCGAGGUUUUCAAGCUCUCACUCAACCCGACGUCAAAGCGGAAUCCCCUGAAUUGGAUGAACUUUACGAAACUCGCAGGGCUCCUAUAUAUCCCGUCCUAUCACAAUUCGACCCAGUGUCUCCGUCGCCAUCACUAGCUCUGCGGAGAUCGACAGAGAGAACACCUCCUGAUGUAACGCAUGCAUUACACCAGACUGACACCGCUAAACCCGAGGCAUCGAUUCCCUCAAACCGCCCUAGCUCAACCCACCGAACAGUGAUAUACGAAACAGACGCGGACACAGAUUACAGCGAGCCCGAAGACGACCCCCUGACUGUUCCAAGUUCUCCACGUCAUGAACCUAGAAACGCCCAUUAUCACCAAGCACCAAGUGAAGAUGACCUCGAGUCUCCGAAUAUUGAGUCUCAAGAACUCCCGCCUCCUCCUUUACCUGAACAAGAAAUUGAUUUGGGUCCCUUAGCCACCGAUUCAACCCUUCUAUCAGACGCAUCGAUAUUAUACCAGCGUAUUCACGCCGCUACACAGUUUCCUCUGGAUCCCAUCCCGACGAUAAAUACUCAGAAAAUGGCAGAGCUGUUCCCAGAUGAUUCAACCGGCUUACAGUCAUUGACCGCCCCGUCUCAAUCGUCAACGCCGAUGAAACCCCCCAGUGUGCCUAAUCAGAGGGAGAGACUGAUGCAGGAUGAGAGCCAGGACCAGUCUGAAUCUCAAGAAGCAGGAGAUAUGCAGACAGAGGUCGUUCCGGAAUCCUCGCCGAUCGUACAGCACGAAAGUCUCACCAGGUUUGGCCCAGCCGCGCCGGGCGUUGUGGUGCAAGUUGAGUCGUCGCAACCGGGAGAUCGGAUUCAAAGACGGAGAACAGAGGGACGGGAUACAGCACGUCGAGGAAUACUCUCCAGAAGCCAGAUUCUGAGCUCUAGUGUCAUGGAAAGUGUACCGAUUCCCGCUUUUUGGAUGAGCAGCCAGGACAGUGUAGGAGAACCAUACGCCCUGCCAGAAUCAUAA